ACCUACAUAUACGCCCUCAGCUGCAUAUAUCAACAGCCCCCAAACAACAAACCAUGGGCCGACGUCCGCUAAAUAUUUGCAUGGUAUCGGACUUUUUCUACCCGAACAUGGGCGGAGUAGAAAGCCACCUGUACAAUAACUCGCAGUGUCUGAUACAGCGUGGGCACAAAGUAGUCAUAGUGACGCACUCAUACGGGAAGCGGCGCGGGGUGCGGUAUCUGGCUGGCGGGCUCAAGGUGUACUAUCUUCCAGCAUUUGUAGUGUAUAGUAAUGCGUCGCUGCCAACGUUCUUUUGCACGUUCCCGAUAUUCCGGCAGAUAUUCAUCCGCGAGCAAAUCGACAUUGAGGCGAUUCUGCAUGCGCGAUCGAUGGGGCUGAAGACUGUGUUCACCGACCACUCGUUGCUGGGGUUUGCCGAUGCAUCGGGAAUUCUGUUGAACAAGCUGCUCAAGUUCACACUGUCGGACAUACACCAUGCAAUCUGCGUGUCGCACACAAGCAAGGAGAACACGGUGCUGCGUGCGGCGCUGGAUCCGCAACAGGUCAGUGUGAUCCCGAAUGCAAUCAUUGCCGAGCAGUUUGAGCCCGACCCCGAUGCACGCGACCCGCAGUGGAUUACGAUUGUUGUGCUGAGCCGGCUCGUGUACCGCAAGGGCAUUGAUCUGCUGAUGUACCCGCACGUUCGGUUCAUUAUUGGAGGCGAUGGCCCGAAAAGAAUAGACCUGGAGCAGAUGCGCGAGCGGUACAUGUUGCAGGACCGCGCGGUCGAUGUGCGCAGCGUGUUGGUGCGUGGAGACAUCUUCCUGAACACCAGUUUGACAGAGGCGUUUUGCAUUGCAAUCGUCGAGGCGGCAUCCUGCGGGCUGCUGGUGGUCAGCACCAGGGUGGGCGGCGUGCCCGAGGUGCUGCCGCGGCACAUGAUCACAUUUGCAAUCCCUGAGGAGGACGAAAUCGUCGAGGCCCUGAUGCACGCAAUCGACCGCCUGUCUCCACGGCGGUUCCACGCCCAGGUCAAAAAAAUGUACUCGUGGUACGAUGUUGCUGAGCGCACCGAGAAGGUGUACUACCAGAUCGCCGAUAUGCCAGAGCUGCCGCUGAUUGAGCGGUUCCGCAGAUACUACGGGUGCGGGCUGGUUGCAGGCAAGCUGUUCUGUCUGGUGGCAGCGUGGCUGUGGCCCAGAGAGAACAUUGAGGUUGCCCGGCCGUUCCCGCAGGAGACAUACCAGUGCGCUGGUCAAGAAGAACCGCCACAUGGCCAAUGGCGAGCUGGGCGCUGCAUGAAUCACUCCCCCAAACCCUCGCACAAGGCGAAGCAGCGACUUUAUUCGCUCUAG